AUGACGACAGUCAAAGUUGACAGCCAACAGCGAUAUCAUGACACGAACGCGGCUUAUGUGCUACCAAAAGCAAAUGAUGUCAUUGAGCAGGAUCGGCUUGAUACUCAGGCAACUGCCAUUGUCGAGAUGAUUGGCGGCUUCCCUCUCUUAGCUCCAUUACAAACACUAGAUAAUAUUUACAAGGUGAUUGAUGUUGGCUGUGGUACUGGUGUAGCGACCAUUCAGAUUGCUACAAUCUUGCCAUCUGCCACCAUUUACGGUCUCGACCUAACCCCAGUCCCAGAGGAGUCACGAAAAAUGGCACCGGGUAAUGUGGUUUGGGCUCAAGGAAAUGCAUUGGAUGUUGACUACAACCAACCUGACGAUGGUAUUCUAAGCCGCGAGAUAUUCAAACCGGAAGGAUUGGAUUAUAUCUUCGGUCGCAUGCUUUUCUUAGGUAUCAACAAUUGGCCAAAGUACUUUUCAACCAUGUCACAUGCGUUGAGGUCUGGUGGUAUAAUUGAGCAUCAGGAUUUAGACUGGAAAUUUUAUCGCGUCGGGACUGCAGAUUGUGUGAGCGACGAUUGGAAAUGGCACAAAGCAAUCUUAUCCGGGGCUCAAAAGUCCGGAUUAUCGACAGUUUCGGGCUCUGGAGCAGCAGCACUAAUGGGAGAUAGUGGUUUGGAGGUGCUCAACGUCCAAAGUUUUGAGUUUUCAUUCUCGGCGUCAAGCAAAACGCCCAAAAGUCAAGCAAUGGCGAGUUAUGUCCAAGCUAAAUUGAUACCACAGUAUCCGGAGUUACUUCGCAAAAUGCUUGGAGCUAUUGACAUAAGUGGAGAUAAAUUGGAGACAUUGACCAGAGCAUGUCUUCAUGACAUCAAUUCUGAGGAGGGCUUGUACCAGAAGUAUACCGUUACUAUUGCAAGGAAGCCAUAG